UCCAUAGCGCCGCGACUUUCAAAUUCCUCGUUCGUGUAGUGUUCCCUUUGCCCCCAUUCCCCCCAGUCCACACGUCUUUCCUUUCGUUUCCAUCUCUAUUCAAAUUUCCUGUUUCCACAACCUCUCUCCUCUUAUCCAUCCAUAUAAAUACUCAUUCAUCUACCUUCUUAUUAGUAUCUCAAAUUCUAGCAUUACCGAAAUCAGUAACAUUUUCUAAGUGUACCACUUUUAUUUUUUCAUCAAUCAUAAUCCCAAAAUGGUUGAUUUAGAGUGGAAAUCAAAGAUGGCAAGGUCCAACAUCAACAUGCACCAUCCCAAGUCCCCAAAACUCACCGUUUCAGACAAAUCCGUACUUCAACCAAACUUACCCGCUUUGCAGCUACAUCUUACACCAAACGACUUCAAAACAGCGUCGUUUUCCCUUUGUGAAGCUUACGACAACUACCUCAGCCUCCCUCAGCUACGAACACUCUGGGCCUCAAACAACUUCCCCAACUGGGCCCACGAACCCAUCAUCAAGCCCGCUCUCCACGCCCUCGAGAUCACCUUCCGAUUCAUCUCAACCGUUUUCUCAGACCCAAGGCCGUAUGCCAACAAACGCGAGUGGGCCCGCAGGCUCGAGUCCCUCGCCAAGGCCCAGGUACAGCUCAUCGCAACGCUCUUCGAGGACCAGGAAGAAAGCCCUGAGACACGUGGCGAAGUUCCGGUUAGUGACAUCAGCAGUAGCGGUUACAGAAGCUACAGCGAGGCUAGCUUGCUUCCAAGGCUCGCCACGUGGCACAGAUCCAGGGAUGUGGCUCAGAGGAUCCUCGCCACCGUGGAAGCCGAGAUGACGAGGUGUCCAUACACUUUAGGCUUGGGCGAACCAAACCUCGCCGGAAAACCGAUCCUCCGUUACGACGCCAUUUGCAGGCCAAACGAGCUUCAUUCCCUUAAAACGACGCCGUUGGAUCACCUGGAUAACUUCGAGAACUUGAAUCUCCGCGCGACGCACCAGAUUGUGGAGUCCUGGUCACGCGCCGCGCGCGUGCUGCUCGAGAGUGUUGCGGAGUCGGUGGAAGGAAGAAGGUUCGAGAAGGCCGCAAGGGAGUGCUACGCAGUGGAGCGGAUCUGGAAGCUUCUAACGGAGAUCGAGGACCUUCACUUAUUGAUGGAUCCAAACGAUUUGAUGAAGCUGAAGAAGCAGAUCGAGAUUCGGUGUUUCGGCGAUACGGCGGCAUUUUGCUUCCGGUCAAAGGAGCUAGUGGAGGUGACGAAGAUGUGUAGGGAGAUGAAGAGGAUGGUGCCGGAGAUAUUGGAGGUGGAGGUUGAUCCGAAGGGAGGGCCGGGGAUAGUGGAGGCCGCGAUGAGGGUUUAUGCGGAAAAGAAGAAGGAGAGUGUGGUGGAGGUGUUGCAAGCGAUGCAGGGAAUAGAGGCGGCGAUGAAGAGAUUCUUCUUCGGUUACAAGCAGGUUGUGGCGGCGGUGAUGGGGAGUGCGGAGGCUGGCGGGAACCGAGUUGGUUCCGGCGACUCGCUGAGUCAGAUAUUCCUGGAGCCAACGUAUUUCCCGAGCCUCGAUGCAGCAAAGACGUUCCUGGGGUACUAUUGGGAUAAUCACGAAAAUGCCCUUGCUUGACACUGACAUUUGAAUGGCACUGUCAUUGUCUUGACGCUUGAUACAAUGAUUCCCAAUAAUAAGGACUUUAAGGAGGGAAAAGAAAAGAGGGAAAGGUGUCAGAAGCUAGAAAUUAAGAAAGAAAUUGAAGUAUUCUUUUCUUGUUCCUUUAUAUAUGAACUAAUUUCUCAUUGUAAAAUGGUUCGUGUAACAACCAUUUCCUGUAAAAUAUUUAACAAUUUUUUGGAUUAUUUACAUUCACAUGGAUCUUUUCAGU